UCAGGUCCCUUCAUCUUUCUGAAAAAAAAGAAAAAAAAUAUAUAAUUCGACUUGAUGUACAGCAUUAUGCAAUGGAGUUCAGGAAAAGUGUAGAUAGGUGCGUUUCUCGGUUGCUAGUCUUUCCUUUUCUCUUCAAUGUGUUGUGCGUAUGGGGCGGGAUCGAGUUUACCUUGAGAGAAGGGAGAAGCAAAGGAUAGUGAACGGAAGACAAAACAGCGAAAGUGGAAAAAGAAAGAUGAUAUCAAGGGUACACAGGAUGUUUAUGUGAAAGGAAUGAGCAGGGUGAAAUGCAGAGGACGGGAAGGGAGGACAACGAGUGAAGUGUGGUGUUACGCAGGUUAUUGUGAACGUGACAGUGUGCAUAACUAAUCCGCGUUGUCCGCCUUCAAAAAGCACGCGAUGGAGGCUUCUAGGAAUUACGAAAUCACUCCUGGCCUCGAGAAUUACGGGUACAAUGACGAUGAAGGGAGACCGAAAGCAAUCAAGCGAGGUGAAGCGGCGGCAGGAGCAAUGGUCAUGACGGAUGUUGUUUCCAGACCUGCCCAAGGCCUCAACAAUCCCUCUUUCCUUCCUGAAAGCGAGGUCAGCGUGAAUGACAUUUCACCAGCAGCGAGAGAACCGGAGGAAAAAGAAGACGGCAGUGAGAAUGACCUUGUGUACUCCGUGGAUGAUGUUCCCCCGUGGUACAUCAGUAUUCCCCUUGGGUUCCAGCAAUUCCUUACAAUGGUUGGGAGUACUAUCUCCAUCCCAUACAUCCUCACUCCUCUCAUCUGCAUCGACUCUAGUGAUCCUGCAAGAGGCAAACUUUUGUGCACCAUUCUUUUCGUGUCAGGAAUGGUGACAUUCCUUCAGUCUACCAUUGGAAUCAGGUUACCAAUCAUCCAGGGUGGCACUUUUAGCUUCUUGGUACCUACAAUCGCCAUCCUCAAUACCAAGUUUGAGUCCUGCGAUGAUGCCUUACAGAGCAACAUGACCGCGGAGGAAGUGGAGGAAGUGUGGCAGGUUCGCAUAAGGGAGAUUCAAGGCGCCAUUGCAGUGUCUUCCAUAGUUCAGAUCGUCAUUGGAUUCUCAGGACUGGUGGGACUUUUACUCAAAUGGAUUACCCCAUUAACCAUAGUGCCGACAGUUACCUUGGUGGGUCUGGCCCUUUUUGACAUUGCAGCAGAAAAAGCAUCUCUAAACUGGGGCAUUGCCAUUAUAACCAUAGUGUUGUUGAUCCUGUUCUCCCAGUACAUGAAGGAGAUCCCACUGCCCAUCCCUACCUACAAGGUGGGAUCAGGAUGCACUAUAUCUUGGUUCUACAUCUUCAAACUUUUCCCAGUGCUUUUAGCAAUCCUUCUUUCCUGGGGCCUGUGUGCUAUUCUGACAGCCGCAGAAUUACUUCCUGAGGGUAACCCGGCACGCACAGACCUCAAUAUAGACCUUAUCAACAAGUCACCGUGGUUCAGGUUUCCCUACCCAUGCCAGUGGGGACUGCCUACUGUGUCAGCAGCUGCAGUGUUGGGCAUGGUGGCUGGUGUGAUUGCCUCCAUGAUUGAAAGUAUUGGUGACUACUAUGCUUGUGCCAGGAUUGCAGGAGCUCCUCCCCCACCUGUCCAUGCCAUCAAUCGAGGCAUUGGCUUUGAAGGCAUUGGGUGUCUGCUGGCAGGACUAUGGGGCUCUGGCAAUGGCACUACUUCUUACUCUGAGAAUAUUGGAGCUAUUGGAGUAACAAAAGUGGGCAGCCGCCGUGUGGUUCAGUUUGCAGCUGUCACCAUGAUGGUGUCUGGCAUUGUUGGAAAAUUUGGAGCAGCAAUGGUGACCAUCCCAGAUCCAGUAGUGGGUGGAAUCUUCUUAGUUAUGUUCUCUAUGAUCACUGCUGUGGGCUUGUCUUCACUUCAGUAUGUCAGCCUCUCCUCUUCCAGAAACAUCUUCGUCAUUGGGUUCUCCAUCUUUUUUGGGCUGGCAUUACCUAAGUGGUUUCAAGCUAAUAGUGAUGCCAUACAAACUGGGAGUGAAACCUUUGAUCAGGUUUUGACUGUACUCCUGCAAACCUCCAUGCUUAUGGGGGGCAUCCUUGGCUGCUUCCUGGACAACACUAUUCCAGGCACACCAGAGGAGCGUGGGCUGCUGAAGUGGAACAGACACCUGAUUUCAUCAUCAGAAAAGGAUGAAAUAAAAUCAGAUUGUUAUGACCUUCCAAUAGGCAUGGAGACAAUAAGGAAGAUGGCUUGGACUGAGUAUCUGCCUUUCUGCCCAAAUUUUACUGGAUGUUGUAGAAGAAGGAAAGGAAGCUUUGCACCGUAAGCAGAACAUUAUGUAAGUUUCCCACAGCACAAAGACAGAAAGACAGUAGUAAGGAAAAGAACAAACUAUCUCGCAUUAAUUUAGCAGGUGACAGACAUUUGUGACUAGUGGUGACCUUUAUUUUUGACAGUAUGUUACUAAUUUUAUGUGGUGUUUGUGUAUUAUUCAUUGUAGAACCUAAAGAAUGAGAAGAUUCUUUUUUUAGCUUUGCAGG